UUUAUUAUUGUUCUUCUUUCUUUCAGUUCAUCAUCUUCCCUGAAGCAGGUUUAUAAAAUUUGAAACAAACUGGCCAAGAUGUUGUUGACCUCCAUGGACUGCAUUGUUGUAAAUGUUGCUUAAGAUAACAAUUCUCAUUGAAGAAGGAUGCAAUCACUUUACAUUCAGCAGUAAUGAAGAACGGACAGUGCGCACAGGAGCUACAAUCUUCCACUCAAGCUUCACAUGAGUCUCAAGGUGAACAGAAACCCAACCAAUCAAUAGAUGCACCUAUACAAGAUUCUGGUUCUGUAUCUGCUUCAAGCAAUGACAGUAGGAAAGUUUCAAGACAAGAUAUCGAACUUGUCCAAAAUUUGAUAGAAAGAUGUCUUCAGUUGUACAUGAACAGAGAUGAGGUCGUGAAGACCCUUUUGACUCGUGCAAGGAUAGACCCUGGCUUUACAACCUUGGUUUGGCAGAAAUUGGAAGAAGAGAACGCAGACUUUUUCAGAGCUUAUUAUAUCAGGUUGAAACUGAAGAAGCAAAUAAUUUUGUUCAAUCAUUUGCUUGAGCACCAGUAUCAUCUGAUGAAGUUUCCACCUGGACCUCCAAAAAUUCCUCUGGCACCGAUACAAAACGGAAUGCAUCCCAUGGCACCUGUUAACAUGCCAAUGGGAUACCCAGUAUUACAACAUCCUCAAAUGCAUGUUCCAGGCCAUCCCCAUCUUGAUCCAAUGGGAGUAUCGAGCUGCCAUGUUGUUAAUGGAGUCCCUGCCCCUGCGAAUUUCCAUCCUUUGCGGAUGAAUACAGCGAAUGAUAUGGUGAUCGAUACAACUGCGAAUGAUGCAACUCCUCAAGUGAUUCCACCAAGCAGUGGUGGGAUGCCUGAGAUGGCAGCGAGUCCAGCUUCUGUGGCAUCAAGUGGACACUUUCCAUUUGCUGCGUCAGACAUGUCGGGUAUGGUAAUGGACACUUCAGUGCUCGAUUCUGCAUUCACAUCUGACGUUGGACCGGAUGAAGGAGGAGCUGGGAAUUCCAGAGAUUCCCUCAGGUCAUUUGAUCAGAUUCCUUGGAACUUUAGCCUUUCUGAUCUCACCGCAGAUUUGUCAAAUCUGGGAGAUAUGUAUGUUGCAGAUUUAGGAGCCUUAGGAAACUAUCCAGGCUCUCCAUUCCUGCCAUCUGAUUCAGAGAUUUUCUUGGAUUCUCCUGAACAAGAGGGCAUAGAGGAGUUUUUCGUGGAUUCUGUGCCUGGACCCCGUUCUAAUUCAGACGAAGAGAAGCCUUGAAUUUGAAGGUAAAGGACCAUAUCCAUGCGCAUAAUCAUCUCCAGAAAGACACCAAGCAGUAUUAAAAUAACAAAUAUAUAGUUAUUGAUAUCUCAUAUAAAUCAAAGUUUUAUGAAUAAAAAUGAGCCUGUGGGUGUAGUCUCCUUGUACCUCUAUGACAGUUUAGUUGAAUGAAGAAUUAGGCUUAAACUUAGUUUCUUUUGUAUUGUUUCAAUUCUAUCAUGUAGUCGUAUUUUAUCUUAAGUGGAUGUUUAAUUUUAAUUUUA